AUGGAUAAACUGAAAGAAAAGGACAAAAAGAAGGAACCAAAAGCUUCAAAACAACAAAAGAAACCGAACAUUCAAAGAGCACCUGUUAAGAAAUUAAACUUAGACCGACCUUCUAGACCUAAACCCAGUAGAGAUGACUCCAGUGUUAGCAGCGAUGAAUCGUUCCAUUCUGAUGUAUCGUCUGUAAUGGACUUCGUGCCAUCAACUAAAGAACCAGAAAACGAAGACGCUGAAUGUAUCUUCUGUAACGGAAAAUUUUGCGAAGAUGAACGAGUGAAAAUUUGGGUUCAAUGCUUCAUCUGUUCUCUGUGGGCUCACCUUGAUUUUACCGGAGCAGAGAGAGAAAGUUAUAACUGUGACUUUUGUAAAUAG